GACGGUCACGUGACACUUAAGACGGAAACUCUGAUGAAGGAAGCAGGAAGUAGGAGACUCUGAACACAACAACAGUACACAAAUAGCAGGAGAAAAGUCAAAGACAAGUCCACACAGUCUACGGCAAUGGCUGGAAUCAAAGCGCUGGUUGGUUUGUCCUUCAGUGGCGCUAUCGGACUGACAUUCCUGCUGCUGGGCUGUGCACUGGAACAGUACGGGGUUUACUGGCCAUUGUUUGUCCUGAUUUUCUAUAUCCUGAGCCCCAUCCCGACCUUUAUAUCCAGACGUGUCAGUGAUGAUGACUCCUCCAGCAAUGCUUGUAGAGAGCUGGCCUACUUCUUCACUACUGGCAUUGUUGUGUCAGCUUUUGGGCUCCCCAUUAUUCUAGCCCGCAAAGGCACAAUCGUGUGGGGUGCCUGUGGUCUGGUGAUGACGGGGAACGCCGUCAUCUUCCUCACCAUCUUUGGAUUUUUUGUCGUGUUUGGAGGUGGGGAUGACUUCAGCUGGGAGCAGUGGUAGAGUGCCUUUGGACAGAAGAUGGAUGGAUGGAUGGAUGGAUGGUUAGGCAGAUAGUUGAAUGGAUAAACUGCAGACUGAGGCUCACAUGCAUCAUCUAUAUAUUAGGGGAAAUCCUCAUUUACCCUAUAGGUAAACAACAUAUAAAUUGUCCUGGACAAGCUUUCAGGAUGAUAUUGUGUCUUUUAGGUGGGUUAUUGUUGGAGACACAACUGCAACACUAUACACCCCAUUAAUGUGCCUUUUGUCUGGGAGUAUGGAGAUCAGGGAUGGUGUUGAUGCCUGCAUCCUCUUAUGCUAUGAACCAUAACUAUCUAGCUUAACCAGUGUACAUUAGCCUGUCUUUACUUUUUUUCACCCCAAAUCACACUUUUCAUUGCAGCUGCCUGCUUUUCAUUAUGCUUCAGUUAAUCAAAAUCAUAAAGGGGUCCUAUGAGUAUCUGUGGUUUAUGCACACCACACAUGUCCACUGCAUUAUGAGUUGAUCAGUGGGGAUGUGGUGGUACUGUAGUGAAUUGUGGCUUGCCUAUUAUGAGAUCUCUUAUUUCAAGCAUGAGGACUUGGGCAAAGUCAUUGUAGUCUAGGCUACGUGUAAGACGCCUAAUCAGGUAAAUGUAUUUUUUUUUGCUGCAUUUGUUUACAUUCUGACCAAAGAUAAUUUUUAGACUGCAACAACUGAGCACACACACCACUGAUCAGUGCAGAAACAUUUGAGAUACAGUACAGCUGUUUGUUAUUUACAGUGCCUUACAUCUAAAGAACCCUCACUUAUGUUGAGAUCAGUGUAUAGCAAAUACCAACACUCCCACAUGAGACAGAUAAAUUCGUACUAUUCACAAAACAAUCAAUUUCUGGAUGUUCUUUUACAUGAAAGGUGGUUUUUCCAAAAGUGUUUGAGCCAAUUGCUGAUAGGGAAAAGUACAGUUUAACAUUCAAGUGGAUUUUGUAUGUUUCAACACUGGGAGCCAUUGAAAUUUUCUCAUGUUUUUUAAAGAAUUGUCAGUAACUGACCAUUAAUGCGGAUCUGAGGUUUGCAUGAUCAGCCCACUUCAGAGACUAUCACAGUUAUGUAAUUUUCAAUGUCAUAUCCUUUUUCUAACUUAAAUAGUAUCUGAUACUCAACUACUUUACAUGGUGAAAUAUUCAUGUUUUCAGAACUGACAUGAUGUUCAGUACUUUGCCCUUUUGUGCCUUCUGUACCUAGAUCUAAAACACUAACGAAAAAUGUAUUUCAUUUAUUUUAUAAGCUUCUUUCUGCAUUUUAUGUCCUAGUGUUGAUAAAAAAACUGUAUAGUGAAUUAAAUGUGUAGGUCUUUACCUACUUGUAUAAA